GGAAUAAAAACCUGCGUAGCGCAGAACAGAAGCCGAGAUUUUUUUCAGCCAAAUAUUUCCCAUUUGAUGAUUUGCCCCUCCUCCUCCCCCCGUCCCUAGUUCUUCCCAUACGUGCCUGUAAUGGAUCCGAAAUGCUAGCAGGUGAAAUGGUGCAGCCUAGAAUGAUGGAAGCUUCUCCCUGUGACAUCACAAUGCUGAAUUUGCUACAUCGUUGUUUGUGUUCCAUGAUCAGCUGUAUUUCUGUAACCUGGGAAAUUGACAGAAGAAUUCAAAGCAGCACCGAAAACUCUCAGCUUACCCCAGAAUUUGCUUGAAGCCUAUAUCUUUGAUAUCAAAGGCUUUAGAAGACACUUUAAAUCAACAAUCUCAAAAGGAAAAACUUGAGACACCAAAAAAACCCAGCAUGAAGUUCCAGUACAAAGAAGAUCAUCCUUUUGAAUACAGAAAAAAAGAAGGGGAGAAAAUCAGAAAGAAAUAUCCAGACAGGGUCCCUGUUAUUGUAGAGAAGGCACCCAAAGCCAGAGUACCUGACCUGGAUAAGAGGAAGUACCUUGUGCCUUCUGACCUCACAGUUGGCCAGUUCUACUUCUUAAUCCGAAAGAGGAUCCACCUGAGGCCAGAGGAUGCCCUAUUUUUCUUUGUCAAUAACACCAUCCCUCCCACUAGCGCUACUAUGGGUCAGCUGUAUGAGGAUAACCACGAGGAGGACUAUUUUCUCUAUGUGGCCUACAGCGAUGAGAGCGUCUAUGGCAAGUGAGGCUGGUCAGCAGGUGCAUAGGCCAAAUGGACUGAGAGGAAUGGUGGGAGGGGGGAUCCACGGCGGAGAGGAGGAGGACUGAAGCGAUAACUGGAAGGGAACCACAUGCCUAGUGCCCUCAUUUUCACACACAUGGUGAUUUCUUAUUACUCUUCAUGUUACUUUUUCUGUGGGGUGGGGGGAGGAGGGAGGAAACGUGGCUUAGUGGAGUGAAGGGGCUGAGCUGUGUGACUGGGAGGUCCAUGGUAUGGCGUUGGGUUAGCUGGAACAGCCCUGCUAAGCAAGCCAGACUCACAGCUUCCAGGUUCCCUUUGCGGAGGGAGGGAAGGACUGCUGGGGACCCUGUGCGCACAUUCUCUGGAUGUGGGAGUGACUGUGUUCUGUGGUCCCUCUCAUGUUGAUUUUCAUCAUCUAGCUUGGGCAUUCAAGUAUGACAUGUGCUUUGGUGAGCUGUGUCCCAUUUGAGGUUCCCUAUGCUGGACAUCCUCAACCUCGCCCAUGCAUAGUUCCCCUACUGCUCUGUUAACCUUUCCUUCACCAAGGUUUAGGGAUUACCCAGGCUGAGAUGAGGAAGGUGAGGGGUUUUUUUUGUUUGUUUGUUUUUAAUAACUGCAUUUGUGGGCUGGACCAAACACCAAGACUGGCUCCCCCUGCUCUUUUCAUUGCAGCCUCACCUAAUACGUAAGCCCUUUACUUUCAUUCUUCCCCUCCAGGUCUUAUGUAUAGAUCUUGUGUGGCCCCCAAGAGCAGAGUAUUUCAUAGCCAUGCACACAUUUGGUCCUAGGCUUCUGAUGUUAGGCAAUUAUGCUACACUGUGAACAAGCAGUGAAUCUAUAUUUUGGGGAGGGUUUGCCUGAACAUCAUCAGGAGAGACUUUUCAAUUUUUUUAUUUUAUUUUAUUUUUGAGUCAGUGUUGCCCUUACAAAGGUGGCAGAGAAAUCUCAUCCCAUUCAGGCCAGAUGCUGAGAGACCAAAGCAGUGCUUUUUGAAUGGCACAAACAACUGAUGUCUCUAGAACUGCCAUCAGUCUAAUCCGGGGGGUAGGAGUUGAAUUUUGGGGAAGUUCUAUGUUGGGAUUUGAGCAAUAAUUAAAUAGUUGAAUAUAAUUACUGUAAACAUUCUUCUAUUAUUGGGGGUUGGAGGCAGAGAUCUAGAUGUAGGAAGCAAACAAGAAGGAUGGGAAGAAUAGAUGGACUGUAGAUGAAGGGGAAAAUAUGACAAACAUGUUUUAAUUUCAUAAGAUGAUUUUACCCAAACUCAUAUUUUCCUAGGAGGAUGAGAAUGGGGGCUGAAAAAAUAGGUUAGCACUUCACUGAAGCAGACAAAUAAGCUGCUACCCUCUGGCGAGGUGUUGGAAAUUUGUCAUGAUUUCCCUUUCUAACUUUUUGAAUGGUUGUUCCACUAAAAUGUGUAGAAAUAGAAGAGCAUGUUGUGGAUCAAGACUGAGGGGCAUACGCAGAAUGGUGUUGGAAACCAAGGGUUGGAAUAGCAGGAGGCUGCAAGGCAGGGCUGAGGGGCACUGGCAGGGCUGUGUGGGGAGCCCAGGGCAGGAAAAGAGGGGCAGGGUCAUGGCAGGAGGUACUGCAGUGAGGACUGAGAUGUUUUGCUUUAGAAAGGGGAACGAGAGGUGAAAGCUAUAGAUAAGUGUUCCCUAUUUGCAAUCUGAGUUCAGGUUUGCUCUUCUGUCACACUCCUCAUAAGGGAUUGCCCUCUGGGAUAAUCUCUCACACAAAAUAUCAUUAAAGAUCCCUUUCGGUGUUUACUAGGUUGUCAUGACAUAAUUCUCCCUGAGCCUUCUUCCCUCCUCUCCUCUCUGCUUACUGGGGUAUUUCUUUCUCGUUUGGAUGGAAAUCCAUAUUGGUCUCUCAUUUCACAAGCUCUGAAUGUUCUGAAGGUUAGAAAAUCCCUUUGGGUGAAGAUUGGCUGCAGCUGGGGGUGGCAUUUGCACUUCUCUCCCCUAGUCUUGUGCUUGCUCACACACUUAUCUCCACUUGUGUGUUCUCUCACUCACACAUACUUUCGCUUGUGCAUGUCUUGGGGACACAGCUGCAACCCCGGGUGUUUGAUUUUUGUGUCCAUACCUCCCCCUAGCACUGCAAUGCUUAUGGGAAUAAUUCUGGCCAUUUGUUACAUGUGGGGGUUUAUGUUAGGUUAGUUUGUUUAGAUUAUUUUAACUGGAUUGCGGCAUUUACCUCCAUUUUUGCUCUAGUCCAAUAUUGUAAAAGGCGAUGAUGAUGAUGAUUUUUUUUUCUGUCAGGAAUUCUAACCAGCUGAAGGUUCUUGUAAAAUAAAGUUCAUAUUGUAUGGGCUAAAUCUGUUAAUCAAUAAAGACACGUUUGCAAAUCA